GCUUGCGAGCUGCGGGUUGGCCACCCCUGGUCUGGGCAGUCAAAUAAAAAUAGCCUUUUGUCCUUAAGGCUUAGUACUGGUUGGCAGGGAGUGACCAGGUGUACAUUCCCCCUUUUGUUGUUAAAGGUGACUUACCCGUAUCUGGACUGGGAGAGAUGCUGUUUAACAUUUUUGUAAAUGAUUGGGAAAAGAGACAAACAGUGAUAUGGCAAAGUUUGCAGAUGAUAUAAGAUUACUCAAGGUAGGUAAGUCCAAAACUGUUGUGACAAGUUACAAAGAGAUCUCACAAUACUGUGUGAUUAGGCAAUACAGUGGUAGAUGAAAUUUAGUACUGAUAAAUGCAAAGUAAUAUACAUUGGAAAACAUGAUCCCAAUUCUAUAUACAAAAUGAAGGGGUCAAAAUUCUCUGUUACCACUAAGGAAAGAGAUCUUGGAGUCCUUUUGGAUGUUUCUCUGAAAAUAUCUGCACAGUAUGCAGAGACAGUAAAAAAGGACAGGCACUUAGGGACUAACAAGAAAAUAAUUUACUAUAAGCUGGGGACUUAUCAGUUGGAAGUGACAAAAGAGGCGAAAUACCUAGGUAUAUUGGUUGCUAACAAGAUGACUAUGUGGCCAAUAUGUUGCAGACAGGAAAAACGGUGAGUGUAGUGCUAGAAUGCAACAGGCAAGGUAUUUCCAGUCGAGACAGAAGUGUUGGUACACUUAUACAAGAAAUAGUUGCGGCUUUAUUUGGAAUACAAUGUGCAAUUUUGGUCUCCCAUGUUUAAAAAAGGUAAAUUCAAACUGGAACAGAUGCAGAGAGGGACUUCUAAGUAUUUCUGUCCUUCUUCCUACUACACUAGGAUCAUAAGAGGAAUGGAAAACUUACCUUAUGAGAGGAAACUCAAAGAGGUUGGCAUGUUAACCCAACCAAAAGAAGACUGAGUGGAGAUUCAAUCACUCUCUCUAAAUACAUCAGAAGGUUAAAUACCAGAGAGGGAGAGGAGUUAUUUAAGUUAAUCACCAAUGGGUACACAAGAAGAAAAUGAUAUAAAAGAUAAAAGUUUCUAGACAUCAGAGAAGUAAAGUUUUGGAAUAGCCUUUCAAGGAGAGCAGUGGGGACAAAACAUGGAGGGGAUGGUGUGACGGUGCAUCAGGGACCUCUCCCCUCUCCCCCCGAUCCUGCACCCCCCUAGCAGCAAGAUGAGACUCCGCCAGUCAGUAGAAUAGAGAAGAUUUAUUGCUUCUUCAGGAUACAGCACAACAUAGAUGAGAUGUGGUUUCAUGAGUCAGGGCCAGGCAGCCUCAGAUCCCUUCAGAUGAUUCUGGAAAGGAAGGCAAAUAACCAGCAACAGAAACAAAUCCAGAGAGAGAAUCUUCAACCAAGUCAAUCUCACUUCAGUCCAUCUCUUCCAAACACCAACUCUGAACCUUUAUCUACCAUCAGGGUUCAGAGAGACCCAAAACCUACCCUUAUGAAAAGUUUACAUGAGCCUGCAGGAUCUACAGUGCAUUGUGAAGUUUCUAGCCAGAGACAGGAUUUAGCAGGAACUCUCUGCCAGAGACCUAAAAUCAACAUGGUUUACAACCCCAUAACACACACCAAUGUUCAGAAUAAUCUGGGUUCUGUAGUAAUGGCUAGGAACCUUUCAGCACCACUCCCUCAGCAUCAGAGAACAUCCUCCAUCAACAGGAAAAUUGGAAGACAAAUCACAUGGGUGAAUAUGAGUGCUCAACCACCUGCAACAAAUGUACAGAAUCCCUGUAAUGCUCAGCAAGUGUCAAAAGGUCGUGACUUUCAAGGUCAAUCUGUAUCAAACCUGAGAUCAUUUUCACUGUCCAGCCAGGCACAGGAAGCUGCUAUCCAUAACCACCUGACCAGGAAGGACUCUCCCAUGAUGGCUGAGGUGACUACAGCCGGUACCAGACUAAAUCCAAGAAAUCCACAGUUUCACAACAGGGAUGCUCACCCUCUUCUGAAGUCCAGUAAAAAGAUGUUCCAGGUCACAGCAAAUAUGGGAGCUGCUGGAGAUCCCAAAGCUUCAAUGGGCAGUUACUCCCAAUCCUAUGGGACCAUAUGUAAAUCUGCACUCCAGAAUCUUCCAAUAUCAAAUACCUGCCAACAGGCUCCAGCAUUGAAUACACACCAUCAUUGACUAAGAUGAUUAUAGCCAUCCAUCCACAGACCUUGAAGGGAACUAACAAUUCCAUUCUUAGGGAUUUGGCAGGACCCCAGAUGCUAGAGAAGUACUGCCUGCACUCACUGUACGGGGCACAGAACCACUUUCUCUGAGCAGGACAGAGUGGUCUGGCAUUCUGAUCCAUUUAACUUGUCAAGCCUGUGCAGACACCCCAAGGAAAGCAGGGGAUGCAGCAUUGUUUCCAUACAAUGCUAUAGGCAUAGUUUAUUUGUACAUUCUAAUUUUCAUAUUCAGUUAUCACUGAUAAGCACAGAAAGCUGCUUUAUUCUGCUGCUGCUGGCUUGUGGUGUUAGAUAUAUCCAGGCUGAUUUGUCCAUCUGUAUUGGCCUCAAUUUGUGUUCAGUGAAUCAAAAUUUUGGAGAGGAUCAGGUAACUAAGAAUAGGCCAUUCUCUAAAACCCAGGAAGAUUAAAUUUACUGGCUACGUCUAGACUGGCAUAAUUUUCCGCAAAUGCUUUUAACGGAAAAGUUUUUCUUUUAAAAGCAUUUGCAGAAAAGAGCAUCUAGAUUGGCACAGACGCUUUUC